UGGACAAGCAGAAACUCAUCGUUUGAAGCCAGCUGAGAGCGGUUUUUUUUUUCAUUUAUUAAAAAACUCAUAUCAUCAGAAUCGACGGACAGUAUCGUUUCUGUCGCCUUUGAAUUUACUUAACUGUAUCUAUCCGACAAUAGUGCUCAGGGAAGAGCGAGAGAGUAUUACUGUAUCUUGCCCGCGCGCGCGGAAAAGGACUACAUUGUGGAAAAAUAAAUAAAUACCGAAAUCGACAUUUAUCGCCAGUUUUCUUAGAGUGGAAUGAGCUGUUGUUCACCCACUGUGUCUGUUGGAUAAUGGAUGUCUGCUCUGUCUGCCUAAUUGCCCAAGCCACAACAAACUGUAAUCGAUCUAGUCUACUCAGAGGAUAGCAAUAGGCCCUCACUCCACCCUCUCCCUCAUCGUUACACAUCAGUUUAGAGCAGUGCAGGUUCUCUCUGGUGUCUGGAUUGCUUUGAUUUGCUGGUUUAGUGAAGGGUGAAGGUCGGUCUGAGGCAGAAAAAGAAACAUAUAGAAACACUAGUACCUCAAUUAUCUGGGGAUUAAAUAAUAAUAAAAAGUCCAGUGUGCUGCUUUAUUUAUAUAAAAAUUGGUAAUCAUCCCUCUAAGAUUGUGAAUUUGUUCUCUAUAACUUGAAAACCAUCUGCGCACAAUGCUGUCGACAACUCUGGCCACAAUAACGCUCAUGAGCACCAUUGGGUUCACCGCUCAAGUGGAUGUCUCGGAUUAUCUAUGGCUCCUAGUGGUAGGCUUCCUUAUUGCUUUUGUCCUGGCCUUUUCGGUGGGUGCUAAUGAUGUCGCCAACUCGUUUGGUACGGCAGUGGGAUCGGGUGUGGUUACCCUUAAACAGGCCUGUGUUCUUGCUACAAUCUUUGAGACUGUGGGCUCUGUGCUGCUUGGUGCCAAGGUCAGCGAGACGAUCCGCAAAGGCAUUAUUGACGUGACCAUGUACAACCGCUCGGAGCAUGUGUUAAUGGCCGGCUCAGUCAGCGCUAUGUUUGGUUCUGCUGUAUGGCAGUUGGUGGCUUCCUUUCUAAAGCUUCCUAUUUCUGGGACCCAUUGCAUUGUGGGAGCAACCAUUGGCUUUUCACUGGUCGCCAAAGGUCAGCAGGGAGUCAAAUGGUUCGAGCUUCUCAGAAUUGUUGCAUCAUGGUUCCUCUCUCCUGUCCUCUCUGGCAUCAUGUCUGCCAUUCUUUUCUACUUUGUUCGUAUGUUCAUCUUGCAAAAGAAGGAUCCAGUGCCCAAUGGUCUGAGGGCCCUUCCUUUCUUUUACGCUGUUACAAUGGGAAUCAACCUGUUCUCCAUCAUGUUUACAGGAGCACCGAUGCUGGGCUUUGAUAAGCUGCCUUGGUGGGGAGUGCUGCUUAUUUCCAUCGGCUGUGCCUUCAUCAUCGGUCUCAUUGUCUGGUUUGCUGUCUGCCCUCGGCUCAAGAAGAAGAUUGAAUGUAAAUUGAAGUCUACCAGCCACUCUGAAAGUCCUCUGAUGGAGAAGAGGGAACUACAUGAAGUUCACAGUCCCAUCCUGAAACCUGUUCCUGAGGAGUUUUCGGCUCCCAUUUCCUCUAACAACUCCCCACCCCCUCCUCUUCCUGAGGAGCGCCGGGUCACCUUUGACAUUGGAGAUUCAGAUGAUACAGAUCAGAAGGAUUGCAAUGAAGCAGAUACAGUUUAUGGUCCCAAGAUGGCCCAUGUUCAGUUCAUCAAUGGCCCUGCUCACAGUCCUAGCAAUGGUUACACUCCGUACCACACUGUUCACAAGGACUCUGGCCUCUACAAAGAUCUGCUUCACAAACUCCACCUGGCUAAAGUGGGAGACUGCAUGGGGGAGGGUGGCGACCGGCCCAUCCGCCGCAACAACAGCUACACCUCCUACACCAUGGCCAUCAUCGGCAUGCACGGAGACUUCAAGCCCAAAGAAGCCGAUUUCCAUGCUACAGAAGAUGGAGACAAGGACAAAGUCGGCACCCAGGAAAGAAAGCGUAUCCGCAUGGACAGCUACACAAGUUACUGUAAUGCAGUGGCAGAGAUCGGAACACCUGAGAGCCUCGGGGACGGUGAAGUCUCUGUUGAGAUCAGAGACGAUGAUGCCGGUAGCAGCCGUAGUUCUAUAGAGGAGGACAGAGCUGAUGCUGACAGGACUGAGGUGUCGAUGCUCUUCCAGUUCCUGCAAAUUCUCACCGCCUGCUUUGGCUCUUUUGCUCAUGGUGGAAAUGAUGUCAGUAAUGCAAUUGGUCCUUUAGUUGCUCUGUGGCUGGUCUAUGAUAGUGGUUCUGUUACAUCAAAUGCACCAACUCCAAUCUGGUUGCUGCUGUAUGGAGGAGUGGGCAUCUGUGUCGGUCUGUGGGUCUGGGGCCGUAGAGUCAUCCAGACCAUGGGCAAGGACCUGACUCCCAUCACCCCAUCUAGUGGUUUCAGCAUUGAGCUCGCCUCAGCCGUCACUGUUGUGGUCGCUUCCAACAUCGGUCUUCCAGUUUCCACCACUCACUGCAAGGUUGGUUCAGUGGUGGCAGUCGGUUGGAUGCGCUCCAGGAAGGCUGUGGACUGGCGUCUGUUCAGAAACAUCUUCAUGGCCUGGUUUGUCACAGUGCCCAUCUCUGGCCUUAUCAGCGCUGCCAUCAUGGCCCUGUUCACCUACGUCAUUCUUUGAGGCCUUUGAACUCCAUCCUGUCUACUUGUGCUCGUGAGGAGCACCCACCUGCAACCAGGAGCACCAAAGAGUGGUGAAGGGCAUGACUCAUCCUCCCCAUCUCUUUGUGUCUCUUUGUACACCUUUCCCCACUUUCAUCCUUGUGGUGGGUGGGGAAUGAAAAUGGCCCAUUUCAAUAGAGCCUGUGAAUCUUUGCUGCAUCAGUCCUUGCCUGUAUUGAUGACUUGUGUGCAUUUCUGUGCACUAGGUCACAUGUCAUAGGCAAUGGGAGAAAAUAUUUUCUUUUUCAUACCUAGAGUGGUUGCCAUCUAAAUCUUCUUGUACAUAUUCAAAAAUCAUUGUUUUUGUUUUUUAUGCAAGUAUGUACAGAACUGGUAAAAGAACAAUUACAAUGCAGUAUUAGCAUUCAUUUGAUAUGCAUAUUUCAUUACAUUCAUAAUUUGCUGAGGGUUGCUUAGAGGAGCCGUAUUUAGGUGCAAAUGAAUUUGGGGAACAGGAUUUGUUUAGGGUUUUUUUCUCCUGCAAAUUUGGUAAUGUCUACAUAUCUACAUUUUAAGGGGCAUUUGACUGUCAAAAAUGGAGCCUUACGACACCCACAUGUUUAUGAGAAUCUUAUGUGGGCUAAUUUGCAAAAGAUUUUGGUUAUUCAUUCCACAUCAUGUUGCUUAAUAUAAUUUCAGUGUCCUUUUCCAUGUCUUAGUUUAUUUUUAGUUCUAUUGUAGGUUACACAACAAAUGGACAUCGAAGCAGUCUCUGUAUGCCUCCAGAAUGUUUAUAAAAGAUUUAGCCAUUUUAAAAGGCAGUUCUGUUUUUUUUUUUUUUUUUUUUGUCUUAAUUGUUUAUGGAAAAUCAAACUCUUUCUGCACCACUGUAAGUAAGCUGUUAAUAUUUGCAUUGCCCAGCAUUUUUAACAAUAACAACUAUUACAAUAUAACAGACCAACCCAGGUGUGGAGGUAUACGAUUAAACAUAAACUCAGCAACUGCUGCAAAGAUUAACACUUCCUUCAAGCACCGAAUACUCUGCUGUAAGUGCCCUGUUGUAAUUACUAUGCUCUUGGUGACUUCCUUAACUGAAAUGUUUCCCUGAAUGUUUGCUGUAGACAAUUGAACUCAAUAUGGUGGAUUAUGUCCCUUUGUGCUCAGUCUCCAUGUGCCACUGUUUUUGAAUACGGAUGCAUACGGAAGUGUUUCUAGGAUACCCAAGCUAUCGUUUUACCAAUGUUAUGUACCCCAGACAUACUGCAAGGGCCAAAGCUAUUGAUCUUUUUUCAGAAGAUUAACCAUCCGUGUCAUGUGCUAAUUCACAAAAAGUCCCCCUGCCAAAGUAGCUUUGUUGUAUGGAGGAAUUCAGCAGUUGCUUGCUUUCAGUUUAGACUAUUACCCCAAAUUGACUAAUUUUGUUUAUUUAUUGCUUAGUGAACAUUUGAAACGUGAUAACAUUUAAAAACAACCAAUAAACCUCUUUCCUGUGAGUAUUAAAGUAAUGUUUUGCGGUGGCACUUGCGAUGACUGACAUAAUCGGUACCCGAAAGGCAGCAAAAUAUACUUAAGAAUGAAGGGAGGUAAGUUUACUAAUGCUGGAAAUGACACAUUUACACUUGAUGGCAUCCAAUUAGAUGCCAUUAUGUGUAGCUCAUCUACUCCAGCCUUCUCAUAGACCUGCUAAAGUAGAGCAACGUAUAUAAAUACAAACACAGUACAUGUAUACACAGGGUUGCUUAUGGCAACUCCUUCAGCAAUAGGAAUGACUUGACCUAUUUAUUAGAUAGGUGUGGGGAAAAUGGUUUUAAAAUGUUUUUUUUACUGGUUUCCCUGAACUGAAGUUGGCAGUAGCUCUGCUGCUGUGUAAAAAGAUACUGCUGUGAAGCCAUGCUUUGUGAGUGGUGAUUUGGUUACAGAACUUAAUACAGUCAGAUGUUAUAUAGUUUCUGUUGCUGCCUUAAUUUGUAUUAUUUUUUUGGGAACCAAAGAAAAAUUUGAAUGAUGUGUUGGCUGUUGUUUCCAGCACACACUAUUGUCCAUAUUGUGCUUUGGGGUUGAAAGAAUAAAUGUCUUUU